AUGUCGGAGGACCUGCCAUCCUUCACUGCAAAUUGUGUUUCUCGUUACAUUGACGGAAAGAAAAUGUUAGCGAUCAAGAGCCUAAGUAGACGACUGAAUAAAAUCACAAUGGAAGAAUAUCCUGACAAGCGGACAGACAACUUUGAUGCAGCAGCCUGUUCACUGAUGAAUCUUAUUACUGGCUAUUGCGUCGAGCACCCGUACACUGAUAAAGACCCCUCGCAAGCAGAGGCGCUUUCCAUGCUUAACUUUCUCAGCCGCUGCUCUUCAUAUUUUGCCAAUCCUCAACUUUUCUUUCGCUGCACUGCUCAGUUCCUAACAUAUAGGGGAUCUCUCAAUGCAAGCUCUGGAAAUCCGCGUAUAGCACUGAAAGACUUCAACACUGCGCUCGUUGCAGAGCAGAGUGUUCUAAGCUCAUAUGCCUACACGGUGUGUCACCUGUUCCCUACGGAGAAGGGUAGCUGUAUUACUAGAUACAACAAGAUACACGCUAUUGCAGCUCUUCACAGUAACAUUGCAGCGGCGCAAGCACAGCUGGGUCACUACCAUAAUGCAAUUGAAAACUGCCAUCUCGCCCUCAAGGUAAUUACCAAGAACGUCGAUCACAAGUUCGGCCAAAUGACUAAGGACGAAGUCAACGAUCGAAUCUACUCACUGGCGUGCGUUAUCUCCUAUAACCUGGGAUGUCAUUACGAGAGUCUUGGUCAGGACCGCAAUGCCUUGAAUGCCUACAAGGCCAGCGCCCGGUACUGUCAUAUCUCAACAGACGAUAAGCUACGAGAGAUACUUGCCAAUAAAAUAGACGACGCGCUUAAGCGCGUUGUUCUGCACCUCUAUCCUGCCGAUUCACCUGGACGACUGGCCCGUAGAACUGCCAACUUAACAGAUCCUAGGUCGUCAAGACUAAACUCAAUGGCUAGGCGAGCAAGCAACCGGGCUCGAAUCGAGCAGCGUGUAAGGCUUCUCAACAACUAUAUGCCCAUCGGCACUUACCCAGAUAUCGAGCUCCAUGAGUUCCUCGAUCAAGAAUACGCCUUGGGAGACGAUGUUGCCUCUUAUGAUGAUGCUGAGUUCUAUAACGAAGCAGAGUUCUAUCCGAUUCCCUUCACUGAUCCUCGUAAAAUGUCGGCCAGUGGUGCACUUAAUAACCCAAGGGAUACGUCUCUUUCAUCUGGGCUCCAGCAGACCCCAAAGAGUGCCGCUCUCCAGUGGCUGGUGGACACAAGAGCUGAAGUACCUCCAGCCACUGCAGUUGCUCCACAGCACUCUUCUGAAGACAGCUUUGGCAACACCAUGGACUACUUAAACGCAUUCAAUUCAAUUAGCUCUACACCAAGGAGCCCUGCCAUUACUUCUGCGCAACCCGGGCUUGCAGGUAAGAGCAAACCCGCUCACAGAAAGCCAGUGGUGGCUGCUGACCUACUACCAAAUAUGGAACCCUUGAUGGCUCGGUUUGACUAUGCAAAUAGGCUAAGAUCCCCGAGCCCCAUGCGGCAGACAGCUCAACCCAUGCGGCAAGAGCGGCAGCGCAACUACAGCUCCAAGCGAGGAGCAAGCGGAUCUAGCGUUGGAGGAAUGACAGAACCUCGGAAUGAUCUGGCCCAAGCGGUAAGGUAUUCUGCUAGGCUCAAAGAUGUUUCUAAUUUGCAAUCAUCUAACCUCCCUAUACAUACUACUAACGAUGCUGAUACGGCAUUCAGUGUCGUAGACCUCUUGAGCAACACUAAGAAAAAGUCAGAUGCGUCCAUGCUAGCUCUGAAAAAGAAUAUGGAUAAAAUGCACAAGAAUACGUUUAUGUCCUACGAUCAACAGAGGUCCAGAGAGACGUCUGAGAACUACUCUCACGGGCCUUCCGAUGCACCACCACACGCCACUGCGAUUGCAACUCCCUCGGUCCGUAGUGUCAUACAUUAUGUGGAUAGUCAACCUGCAGCAAACAAUGCCAGCUUGAGUGGAUUCAUUAACUUUAGUCCUGAAAAGAGCAAUGAAAACGCUAUCAAUCUAAAACGAGACAUAUCGGAGAUGCUAUCUAGAGAUAAUCUCUUGAGUCAAGAGAACCUCAACAAGAUCAAUGAUGUACCACUGGCCCUUCUAUCUGAACCAGAACAAGGAGCUGCACUCAAGAAGCGAUUAGAUGAGCUGACUGACUACACAGUUGACGAGAUCAUAGAGCUCUUAUCAAAGGAUCCUACCUUUAAAUUCUUAAUGAAGGACUUACUGAUUGCAACAGAAAGCUUCUCUAAGGAGCUCGCACUGAUGAGAUCAAAACAGUCUAAUACUGUAAUAUUUGGUUCUACAAACAGUGAUGCAACAGCACUUACGCCCAAGACAGCAUGGCUUGAUUUUCUACGGAAAACCAUUUCCAGAAAGAAUAACACUGCAUCAAGCUUAUAUAAGGCUACUCAGGAUGCUGAUAGGCCCAAUAUCAAGGAAGAGUUAUCUAAACCUGCCUCCGAAAAGAUCUUCACACAAAGGCAACAGGAGCACCUGCAUCAGCAAAUGCUUCAGAUGUCCUUAACACAGCAACUCACUCCGUAUCAGCAAGAGGCACAUCCAGCUCCUGCUGUUGGGCCCCCAACUCUUGAGCCAGCACUUCCAGCUGUACAGCCACCCCAGUUCUUGGGACAAUUAGGCGCCAGCCAAGCACCCCAAGGAGACCUCAGAUCAGCCAACCUAAAGCCCCCACUUCAAAUACUUGAAACCAAUCAUCCACAAAGGGGACCUUUCCACCAAUCAAAGGACAUGCUUGCCGAUCCUCUACGUUCCAUUAUCGAGCUCACUACCGCCUCAACUACUGAGAACAUGGAUGCCACCAACAUUUAUAGUACGCAGCAGUCGGCAUUAUUGGGCUCCAGAGUGCAGGACAGUAUGCAUCCCAAACUGGAAAUAGGUGUUGGGGACGAUUGUCGGAUAAAUUUACUGCUCUCCAAAUAG